CCGAAAUGCAAUGUUGCGUGGGUUUAGACUCGGACUCGGCGACCAAAGGAUCGCGAUAUCAGCACCUGGUUUAUUGGCCAUGCAGCCCGACGACGUGGACGGCGACGACGACGGGAGCUCGCUGCCGCUGACCAACGCGCGGAGAGAGCACCGCGCAGCGCAUCGACUGCGGCGGUAUGCGCGGCUGGUGCUCAACUCGGUGCGGUACCGGCGGCGCUGCCAGCGCAUUGUCGCAUGCGUUGUACUUGUGCUCGUCCUCUGGCUCGUCACGGCGGUGCGCUACCACAUCCACGUUCAGAACGACGUGCGGCACACGAUCGUGCUACUGGCCAACUACCGCGACUCGGCGCGCUGCGCGGAAACCUUGCGAUCGCUCUUUACGCAGGCCGCGCGGCCCGACUUGGUCGCGAUCAGCCUCGUCGACCAAGUGUACCCGAACGAGGCCUCUUGCUUCAAUACGUACUGCAAACUAGUGGGCAAUGCCAUCUGCCAGCAAGCGCCGCUGCGCCACCAAGUCUCGAUGGACGCAGCCCAAGCCACGGGCCCCACCGGCGCGCGGUACGUCGCCGAGGCCGCGAUCGACGCCCGCGUCGACGCGUUUGCACUGGGCAUUGACUCACACCUUGUAUUUGUCCAUCACUGGGACGUCCUCCUCAAGGCCGAGUGGGACGCGGUGCAGAAUCCGUUUGCAAUUCUCACAACGUACCCCAAGUCGACCGACCACGCGACGCGCUUCAUGGGCCGGCUCUUGCAUGCCAUUGGCGUCUACUCCAUGUCUGUCAUGUGCUACGCGCGCAUCGAGACGGACGACGGAGAUGCGAUGGUGCAGUACAGUGCACCGCACCAAGACUGGUCGCUAUUGUCGCCGUCGUCGCCGCGGCUCAUUGCCCAGUUUGCGGGCGGCUUCAACUUUGGCCUCGCCGCCCACGCGGUUUGGGUCCGGAACGACCCGUUCACGCCGUACCUCUUUCACGGCGAAGAGUACUCGAUGGCCGCGCGCCUCUUUACGCACGGGUACGAUAUGUACGCGCCACGCGUCGACAUUGUGUACCAUUGGUACGAGCACCGGCAUGUGGUCUGGGAGCGCGAUUGGGACACGCGCUACUUUGUGCAGCAAGCGUCCAAGCGCCGCGUGCGCGCGAUGCUCGGACUGCCGAUUACGACUUUGGAAGACGUCAACCGCACCGAGUUGAGCCGCUUUGGCUUGGGCCAAGAGCGCACGAUGGACCAGUUUAUAUCCUUCUCCGGCAUCGAUCCCCUCGCCGAAUACGUCAAGGGUGAGUCGCGCCAGUUUGAUAAUUGCAAGCUUCUCACGCGCGUGCCAACGCUCUCUGAGUCAACCAAACGUCGACCCUAACCCCAAAACUCUUAAAAACAAAAAGUGUGCAAUUGGGUCUAGGGACGAAGGACCAC